AUGGACCUUCAGAACCAGCUGCAAUUUAACAGGAGUGUUCCUGCACAUUCCAGCAACUUGGCCGCGCGCUAUUCCUGCCCCGACGCGAUCAGAAUCGAGAAACUGACGCACUCGUCCGGCGAGUCCUACCGUGGCGGGGAUCCGGGCUUCAGAGCUGGGCCCGACGUGAGCGGCUCGGCCUCCUUCUCCGUCAUCUCCGAGGAGAGGCUCAGCUAUGCCGUCCACCUGGCCAAGAGGGACGUGAGGCGCAGGCAGUUCGAACAGCACGCGAGACAGCAGCGUCUCAGAAGCGAGCCCCAAACCUCUCAGAGGUGGGAACACCCCGAGCACAAGGUGCCUGAGCACAGGGAGCAGAGGAAGGAGGCAAGGAGCCGGGAAAUGUGUCACUGCAGCCACGAGACGUGCGGGCGGGGAGCUUCCUGCUCGGGUGCGAAGGUUCACCUGUGUACCCCUCAGCCGGGGCAGCCCCCCGCCCUGGAGCCGGGGCCCCAGCUGCACGCCAGGACGGGUGGCCCGCGGGGCCUGCUGGGGGUGCAGAGACUCCAGGAGGAGCUGACCACUUGCGUCCGUAGGAUGGAAGAAGUAAUUAAAAGAGAUAGAACGGAAGAAGCUUUGGAACCGGAUGAGGAGCAGCGAGCCCGCGUCAGGAGGCAGGAACAGGCCGUGCGCUGUGCCCGGAUGCUGUACUCCCUGCAGCAGCAGGUGAAAGAAAUCCAGGAAGAAUUGGAUAAAUUGAGUCCACGUAAGAUUAAACAUACUGAGAAGUCGUGGGCGAUGUCCCGGCUGGCGGCUGCCCACCGAAGCGCCAUCCGGGCCCUGCAGGUGUUUGUGACCCAGUUCGCCGACCGCGGGGAGCGGCCCCUCCCUGCCUGGUGCAGGGAGCUGGGCGGCCUCAUUCGCCAGCUCUCCCUCUGCUCCGCCAAGCUGGACGCCGACUCCUCUGUGUCCGAGGUGGUCAUAGACAUCCUGCGGCAAAUCGAGGCUUUGGAGUCCCUCCUGGAAAAGAAACUGUCACCAAAAAAGGUGAAGAAAUGUUUCCCGGAAGUUCAGACCAGGUUUCCCGUUGGUGGCCACAGGGCCUUGGAGAGAUGGCGGAGUUCUUCGCCAAAAGGCGAGAGGAGACCCCUCCUAGCAAAGGAGAUACUUCUGCAGGAAGCGCGACAACCUUCCAGGGCAAACAGGCUUCUUGCUGAUAAGUGUCAGCCUGGGGCAGCACCUGCAGCGACCCAGCGAUCCGCGAACGGGAACGGGCUUGGUGUGAGGGGCGCGGACAUCCGUCCGGAAGGAGCCCCUCCUGCUCCGGACCACAGCGCGAGCCUCACGGCAGAGCCCGUGGCCGUGGCGAGAGCGGGAGCAGCGGCCUGGAGGCCCGGGGCGGGGAGCAUACCGCCCAGGAAGGAGGAGGCACCGGUGGGGCCGCCGCAGGGACCCCUCAGAGCUGAGGACCGUCAGCCGCCCCAAGGCCGCGGCAGAAGCAGACUGCAGCGCACGACCGUGUCAUCCAGGCUGAAAAGGAGCCAGCAGCCAGUGAGGGACCUCAGGGCCCCCUGGGUGCCUCCAAACCCCACGUCCCCGCCAGCGUCCCCCAAAUGUGCCGCCUGGCUGAAGGUGAGGCCCGGCCCCAGAGAUGCCGCCAGAGAGCGGUCUGUCCAGCAGGAAGAGGCUCAGGAGGCCAGUGCGUUGACAGGUGCUGUUGCGCACGAAGCCAUGAGACUCGCCUGGCUCGACGCUGAAGCUCACAAAACACUGAAGGAGCUGGAGGAGGUGAAAGCCGCGGGCGCGGACGGCGCGCACAGGCAGAGUGACUCUGCUGCCCAGUUAGCAGACGAGGUAGAGAAGGCAGUUCUGGAGCGUCUGAAGCCUCUCCUGGUCAAGGCCCAGAGAGUCAACUCUUCACUGGAAGCAGAGGUGCCGAAGGACCGGCCGCCGGCAGACACGGCGACAGCCCGGCCUACGGACGAGGCUGUGGCUGCGGACGGGGGGCCCGGCAGCCUCCGCCAGCAGGGCGACUGUCUGGAAGGCACCGCGCUCCGCUGUGAUGUCUUGGCGUCGCAAGCCCAGGCCCCCGGGGCAGGUGGCAGGGACAGCCCGUUUCUGGACACCAUGAUGCUGCGCAUGGAGGAGAUGGAGGUGAGAACUCAGGAAGUGACGUGUGGUGCCCCCGACGGACAGCUGGAGAACCACAGGGACCAGACCCCAGACAUCAGCCAGCCCAGGCCCUGGACGGUCCAGAGCAGGGCGCUGACCCACAGCGAGGCUGGGAGUGGUGUGGCCGCGGCCGAGCAGACGCUCCCGGCGGUAGGUGAAAGGCCUCUCUCUCCUCAUCCAGUCGGGACCGCAAAGAGCCCCGCGCGCAAAGACCCGGGCGCGAGCAUCGUGUUGGAAAGACCUCGCAAUGGCAACUCCCUGGAUGCAAGUGUGGACGCUGGCGAGGAGUCUGAGAAGAGGGAGGCUCCCCUUCCGCCCCUUCCGGAAGAGUCUCUGCGGCAGGAAGGCCGCACCGCCCUCCUGGUGCCCCCGGGCAUGCGACGCAGCAUCCGCGACUCCUGCAGCCGCUUCGAGCAGUAUCUCCGCAUGACCGCGCACGAGGCCGUGGGCGCCUUCAACCCCUGGCUGAUGGCCGAGAGGUCAGUACAGCAUCACGGCCUCCGCUUGGGGAGCGGGUGCCGCGCCUCAGCUCACAGAGAGGCUGGCGGAGGGCUUCCUCUGCUCGCCGCCUAUUUGGAUGGGGGAGACGGCGUCCCGUCAGACGAGGAAAUCCUUUCUCGGGGCCUGGGGCCCAAUGUCGCCGAGCUCCAGGGAGGCCCGGUGAAGCGCUCCCUGGAUGCAAGUGUGGACGCUGGCGAGGAGUCUGAGAAGAGGGAGGCUCCCCUUCCGCCCCUUCCGGAAGAGUCUCUGCGGCAGGAAGGCCGCACCGCCCUCCUGGUGCCCCCGGGCAUGCGACGCAGCAUCCGCGACUCCUGCAGCCGCUUCGAGCAGUAUCUCCGCAUGACCGCGCACGAGGCCGUGGGCGCCUUCAACCCCUGGCUGAUGGCCGAGAGAAGGUUUCGGGAGCCCUUCGCUCUGGCGGGGCCUCAGGAGCGAGCUCUGGGGAUCACAGGGGCCCAGCGUCUACGGAGCUUGGAAUUCAGCAUGCGGCCUCCCCUCCGAAGCGUGCGGGACCCCCACUGUCCUGACAAUGUACCUGUGAGGCCCACUCGCCUCCCGCUACCGUCCCUGAAGCCGGGAGAACUCACGUGUCCUGGCUCGGCCAACCAGCCGGGCCUGAAUGAGCGAAGCAGAGGUGGGGGUCCCGUGAGCAGUGCGGGCACCUGUGGUGUAGACGGGGGCCAUUGGGGGAGUCGGCUGCUGCGCUUUACGGUGUUGGCUCUGAGCAGCCUGGGUUCCUCUCUGCCCCCCAGACUAGUCAGCGAAGCCUCCUUUGGUCUCUCAGACCCUAGGAAACUCCCCUUCUGCCUGAGAGCCUGA